AUGGCAGAGAGCGGGCUCCGACGCUUGCAACGCGAUCUGAAGACCAUCCAGGGAGAUUGCGGCUCGUCGACCGUCUGCGUCUCGCCGCGAGGAGAUGACCUCUCCAGCCUUGAUGCGCUGGUCAUUGGACCACCCGACACGCCUUACGAUGGGGCGCUACUGCACUUUCAGAUCCAGGUGUCCGGGAGCUACCCGAUGAACCCGCCGGAGGUUCGGUUUCUCACCACGGAGUCCGGCAAGCUUCGGAUUCACCCGCAGCUUUACGCUGAUGGCAAAGUUUGCCUCAGCAUCCUGGGCACGUGGCACGGGCCUCGCUGGACUGCCAGCUCAAGCAUUCGAACAGUGCUCUUGUCGAUCCAGUCCUUGCUAUGUGAGGACCCGCUGCGGUGCGAACCCGGUAUGGAAGCUGCACCAGACGACAAGGCGCGGGUCACGCUCCAGGCUGUCAAAGAGGAGAAUCUGUGUAUACCGCCUUUAGCUUGCAUCCGCGAACAAGAUAACCUGGACAAGCCGGGAUGGCGCAAUCUUGCACGUGCAUGUUAA